AUGUGUUUCUCGGGGUGUGAGACGAGACGACAAGAUUCGUGUUUAAGGAUAUAAAAAUCAAGAAACUCGGAGAAGACAAAUUCGAAAUCGUGAGCAACACGAUCGGUGGGGCCGGAGAAGAGAAGAAAGAGGAGCGGAGAGUUGUGACGGCAGAAUCGAGAGAUAAUAGUAAUCAACAACAGUUCGAUAAUACACUGCGCAACUUCGCUGUAGAGGUAAUAAAAUAUAUAUGAUUAGAGAUAAGAUAAACGCAAUCUUCUCAGGUCUUGCCAGUGGUUCCCGACUGUCCGAUUGGAGAACAUUCAAGAAUUCAAGUGAUUGAAGGAGUCGAGGUAAGUGACGGUCUUUCGAAUGAAAAAUGAAACAUUGUCUCACUUAGGUUGCACGUGAGGCCACCAUCACAUUCACCGUGGUCAUUCUGGAGCAGUGCGUUCAAGCAUGUCGUCUUAGCACCGUAAGUCUUGUGGCGGGAGCCGGCAAAAAAAAGAGAGAGAGAGAGAGAGAGAAAAAGGCCGAGAGUAAUUUCUUUUCGGAAGCCAAAUCCAUAAAAUGGCUCAGAUUUAUGAGCUCGUGGUGCCAGAUUUAUACCCUUUUUCGUUCGCCGGUGCCACGCCACGUAAUUGAAAAAUGGUCCGAACGGCUAGUUCAAGGGCUUACGCGGCAAACGCGAGUGAGUAAUGGCGAUAAAACAGGAUAAAUUGUGAGGCAGACAGGGAAGUAGAUUGAACAGAAGACCGAGCGGGUUCCAAAAACAGGAUAACAAAGAAAAGAACAACAGUGUUUUGUGUGGGAAUCUCAGCAGUAAUCGCCUUAACGAGUCACUCAAACUUACUUGAAACACUUUUUCAGAAUUCGGACGGCUCCCGCCUGCCACUUCUUUGCCGCUCUGCACACUUCAACAGAGCAACAAGAGCAUGUUCGGUGUACUCGGAUGCGAUAAAUCCGAACGGAUAUCUUGAAUACAAACCGAACCAAAACGUGAUAUACAUCGAAAAAAUAUGUAUUCCGGGUGAGUUUUGACGGGAAACAAUCGUUGUGGGGGUGAUACAUCAUCAUAUUCUUCUGGUUUAUGGCAUCGUCAUUGGCACUCUCUCUUUUUCUCUGCUCUGUUGCGAGUAUGUAUCCCUGAUAGCGGGUCUAUUGGAGAACAUUAAUCUUGGCACACUAUGAUAGGUGAUAAAUCAAAUAGUGCUCUCCGCGACAGAAAGAAACGGAGCGCUGGGAAUGAAUGGCGCCAAGACUCGGCUAGAUUGAUGACUAUGGCUGACGGAUAAAAUCGGAGCUGAGAAAUGGGACAAUUUCUUUUUGCAGACAUGGUGCUACCCAUGUCGUGUGACGAUGUUUUCCGCCGGAUUCCACAGCACAUUUUAUUGGGUGAUUAAAGAGCGAACAAAUGACAUUAAUGAGGAAAGGUGUUGAUUUCAGGACACGCUACAGAAGUGAUUUCGGUGUCGAGUGAGAAUGAAUGUGUUUUGGAGUGUAUCAAGUCGAAGGUAAUUUGGCUGUCGGCGUUUUUUGAAAACCAUUAUUCAAACGCUUCUUCGAAGAAGUAGCCGAAUGCAAUCCCCAAGGCUCAAAAGGCAAUUAGUCGUACGCGAAUAUCAAUCUUUUUAGAGAGGCUCUCGGGCGUUACGUACACCCAGUGGAAUAGAUGUGUCAUAAUACUGUUCUCAACAACACAUACUUCCUUUCUAUUUUAAAAAUCACCAAGCAGACAGAAUGUUUGCAGACAAUGCGAUCAGUGGCGUGUCACUCAAUCUUGCACUACCCCGAUUUUUCCUCCUUCAACUGUAUUCUCAAUGUUCACACUCGACACACGAAGAACCAGUUUUUCACGCCAGAAUUGGCUUACAAAGUGGAUUACGUGGAACUUGGUUCAUGUGUUUACAAUUCUGCAGCAGGUAGGAUGAGGAAAAAAUAUAAAGACAGGAAAAGCAUGGAUUUUUGAGCAGUGGCGGGUGGGUGAAAACAAACAACGGAAAUGUGGGGCAUCGCCGACCUGAUGGUAGCCCACAAAUCAUUUUAAUUGUCUCUUGUCAGCCGCCGGCUCCUACUCGUUUCUCUUCCAUGAUAAUGGGCCUCUUCCCACCACCUGGCGCUCAGAACCUGAUGUUGGCAUCAAAUUGAGAGAGGGAGAGAGAGAGAAAGAAGUCGGGUGGUUUGUGUCCCAGUUGUCGCCCCGCGAGGUUUCCAUGUGAACAUCGGGGCCCCGACAAAUGUCACAUAAAACACGACACGCUUGGCACUAAAUCUCCUUUUUCUUUGACGGCGACGGCGACAGACGCCGCUGACUCUUUUACGGUGGACAAAGAAUGUGGGCGGGGGGAGAGAGAGAGGAAGUCUAAAGUUUCAGAUUAAUUUGUAUAAACGUUCAGUGAUUCAGGACAAAUAGCCAGCAAAGCGAUGAUCCCUCCUAACCCGUUCGAUAAGCCGGUUUUAUCGGGUACACACUUUCGCAACAAACUUUCCAUGUACCGUACCAGAUUACAGAUGGUCAGAAGCGAGUGGGAUCAGUCACAUCCGAAUGGAGCGAAUGGACUCAAUGCAAUGAAGAUACGAGCUCGCGGAGCCGGCAGCGGGUGUGCAAUGGGUGCAACGAAAUAAUUCAGGUGAGCCGUGAAAGCACUCCCACAAAAUGGAAGUAGCGGAAAUCGAGAGCGCGUUUUGUGAAGAGUUUAACAUCAUCCGAAAGGGCGUCCACUUUUUUCCAAUUUCCGUUUUGGUGCAACUCUAAAAUGUUGGCUCACUUUGAAAUGAAUAGAAUGGGAAGAAAGAGGGACAUUGCGAGCAAGAUGGAUUGUCGAACUAUUGUAAAAGUACUUUUUUCAGUUCAUGCCAUGUUUCUCAACCAACAAUUUCGAUCAGGCAUUGCAAAAAUUCAUUAAAGAGCAACAAGAGAAGGAAGCGAUGGGUAAUUUAUAUCUUUUGUUGAAUUGAGCGAGGAAAAGGUUUUUUGAAAUCAAUUUACUCAUUUUUCAGUUGAUGCCGUCAUGAAAUCGCGAGAAAUCGAAGCGGAGAGGAAACUGCUGCAACAAUUGGAUUCAGCCCCGACGGUCAUCGAAUUUCGUUAGUUCCGUAUAAUGAAAACCGUGCCUAAAUAUUUAUAUUUGCAGCACAGAAAGCAAUAAACAAUGAGCAGACCCCAAAGAACUCGGUUGAGUUUUUCGGUCCCCCACAGCCGGCUCAACAAGCAUCCCAAGCAAUGAGCACUUUCUAA